AUGCAACCACAUCCGUUGUACACAUAUCUCUCACUGUCCUCGGCAAUAUUCCUGGCAAAUGCGUGGCCACUGCUACCACUGCUACCUGGCCAACAUGAACGAAGAGCACCUGCGUCUUACUCGGUAGUUGCUGUUGAUGGAGGAAACGUAGGAGGAGAUGGAACCGCCACGAUAGUCACCAACUCCAUCGUGCAUACAGAAACAGUCAUGAAGACUCAACUCUCGACAGUUGUCAUCACCGAGUCCGACACCCCGUCCACAAUCAUCAUCACCAUCACAUCUGCAUCUCCAACCACAGUCACGGAGCACACGCAAACGGUCACCUCUCCAGCUCAAACGUCCGCAGAGCCGACGCAGUCGUACGAGUCCAGUACUCCCGCUCCCGCUACGGCGACUGUGACUGUAACCCAACCCCCUCCGCCAACAAAACCCUACGAUGACGGAAUGUGGCAUACUAAUUACUACUACACUGUGAGCGAAGAAACUCCUGCCCCAAGCUCCUCGUCGGAAGCAGCGGAGGCUGUACCCUCCACAACAACAGGACUGAAUCAUUGGGAAGGAUUUGGUUCAGAGUUCGUAUCGACUUCGCUUGUGUCUACUACCACUGUGGACUGGGCAACUUUCUGGAUGGCGCCAGAUGCUGAGAGCUCGAGUGUGACCACUUCGAGCUCCAGCCUGGUUGCCCCCACUGCCAACGUGCCGUUUUGGGGUGUCCACCCCAACUCUGCUCCGACUACAACUUCUUGA